AUGCCACCCAAAGGCCCUCAAGCGAUGUCCGCCAAGCGGAUCGCAAAGGAGCUGAACGACCUGAAGAAGGAUGCGUUGCCACAGGGAUGCACGGUUGGACCGGCGUCGGAUGAGAACGUCUACGAGUGGUCUGCGUCAAUCGAGGGGCCUCCCGAUUCGCCUUACGCUGGCGGUGUCUUCCAGCUGCACAUCACCUUGCCCGCUGAUUAUCCGUUCCGUCCUCCUCGAGUCGUCUUUAUGACCAAGAUCUACCACGCGAACAUCAACAACCAGGGUGGCAUCUGCCUCGACAUCCUCAAGAACCAGUGGAGUCCUGCGCUGUCCAUCGUCAAAGUCCUCCUCUCUGUCGCCUCUCUUCUCGCCGACCCGAACCCGCACGACCCGCUCAUGCCCGACAUCGCGCAAAGGUACCUGAAGAACCGCAAGGAGCACGACAAGACGGCUCGGGAAUGGACUCAGAAGUAUGCCAUGCCGGUCAAGAAGCCCGCGACCGCUUCCGCCGAGUCGAGCAAGGAGGGCAAGAAGAAGGAGGUCGAAGUCCUCGUCAUCGACUAG